GUCACGUGACAGAGGGGCGGGGUGCCGACGCAGGGCGCAGGCGCAGAUUGUGGGGGGCCGGGUCAGCUGACCCCUAAGGGCCUUCGAGCCGACAUAGGGGCCCUGUAUCGGUCUCAGUUGCCGCCACCAUGGCCAGUCAGUCGCAGGGCAUCCAGCAGCUGCUGCAGGCCGAGAAGCGGGCCGCCGAGAAGGUGUCCGAGGCCCGCAAGAGGAAGAACAGGAGGCUGAAGCAGGCCAAAGAAGAAGCUCAGGCUGAAAUUGAACAGUACCGCCUGCAGAGGGAGAAAGAGUUCAAGGCCAAGGAAGCUGCGGCUCUGGGAUCCCAUGGCAGCUGCAGCUCUGAAGUGGAGAAGGAGACCCAGGAGAAGAUGACCAUCCUCGAGACCUACUUCCGGCAGAACAGGGAUGAAGUCUUGGAUAACCUCUUGGCCUUUGUGUGUGACAUCCGUCCAGAAAUCCAUGAAAACUACCGCAUAAAUGGAUAGGGGAAGAUCAGCAUUUUUGGAUGCCUUCAUAGAAUAUGAGGCUUUAGCAAAGCUCAAGUUUGAUUCCUAUGAAAAGGUGUUAAGUUAUUUCCUUAUAUUACAUAGUAGGUCCCUUCACUUUUUGGAGAGUAGCAAAUCUAGCUUCUUUGUACAGACUUAGAGUUUUUCUAAAGGUGUCCUCCUUUUGCCUCAUAUUUCUUGAGGUAUCCCUUUCUUUUUUAUAGGUAUAUAUUGUCUCUUUUCCUGUGCCAUUUGGCUCUAGCAACAUGUAUAUCAGUGAUGACUUUUUCUUUGUUAGAUCUAGGGAAAAAAACCUCAAUUAUUUGAAGAAAGAAAGGGAUAAAAUAAUUUUUUUCCCAACACUUUCUUAAAGGUCAGGGGCUUUAUCUAUGAAAAAGUAGUAAAUAGUUAUUUGUAACCUGUGUGAAGCAGCAGCCAGCCUUAAAGUAGUCCAUUCCUGCUAAUGGUUAGAACGAUGAAUACUGGUGUAAUUGGGCUGCUUCUAGUUUCUCUUAAUCAAAAUUACUAGAUAAUAGAAUUCAGGAACUUGUUACAUGUUAUUACUUGGUGUAUCAAUAACCGUUUAAAAGUAAAGACUCUUUGUCAUGCA